AUGGGAGAUCAGUUACGUCACGUAUUAGAUAAAUCUCAAUACUGUAACAAACACGACGGAGAACCGCUGGCGUUCUAUUGUGAAAAUGAUGACACCGUUAUAUGCAGGGAAUGCAUUGUCAAAAUCCACAGCAAACACGAUUUCAAAGAAUUGGGGGAUGUGGUGAGAGUUCAACGAGAUCAAAUACAAGAGAAGCUGAUAAAUCUUCCUACUGAGAAACUGUUUCGUUUUGAGGAGGCGGAAAAGGCCAUUGUGCGAACGGAAGAGAGGCUGACUGAAAAUCAGACGAAUGUUCUUCGUUUGGUGGAUUCUCAAGAAUUAGCUAUGACAGAGGAGAUAGAUGAAAACAGUAAAACUAUUGAAAGAGAAAUCAAAUAUUAUUAUCAGCAAGUAGAGAAGGACGUACGUCAACAGACGGACGCAUAUUUGACCACUGUCAAACAGCAUUUGGAAACUUACGAAUCAAAAGCACAAUCCAAUUACACCAAAAUGAAAAGAUUUAUACAUGGCAAAAGCAAGGAAAUAAAGGCAGAAGUGAAGGCGCUCACCUCCACGCAGUCUCCAUAUUCUCCAGCACAGGUCAGAGUAAUCGUGAGAUCAAUAUAG